UUCACAUCCGAAUUCAGCUCGCGUACCCGGUUCAACUUCACACGAAGCUAUACUUACACGCGCUAAUACUUAAGUAAACAAACAAGACGUCGCAGACUAUCACGUGACCUAAUUCCUUGAUAGCGGUGUUGAGUCUUAGAUUGCGUGUUAACCUUCUUCCGGGUAGCCUGGCCUGCCCCGACCCAUGGGUAGUGUUUGAACACCUUGUUCAGUUUUGUUACAUGCAAUCGACAGUACAUAUGCUGCCGUCGACGAGGUGAUACGUAUUUUAUGGAGGACGGGAAGAAACUUGCCCGACAUUUGGCAGUGUACAAAGGAACAGAACACCAUGGAAGCAAUCAUAUUCCCUCGUUCGAGGUGCCGGCCAUGUAGGAUGUUCUCGGUGGUCACGAUACCACAAAAUGACUUCAUGCAGCAACCUUUAACCUGAGUGGAGAACUUGACCUUCACCUUGACCCUGACUUCACUUACAGAUUUUUUUAUUUCUACUGGAAUGUAAAACUUUCAUUUUCAUUUCUCUUUCAAUUUGAAGAAACUCUCAACACACUCAAACAAUGAUGGGAUAUGUUAGAAUCAUCCACACUGUCGUUUAUAUUUUCGCUUUAACAUGUCAUAUUAUGUUUGGCUGUAAUUUCCUCACCUCAAGCGAUAUCAGCUCGAGUUGCCCGACCAACUGUACUUGCAACACAGAAGACGUGUACUGCAACUCGUCCUUGAUCACAGUUUUGAAUGGUUCUCUGGACAAACCUGGACUCUUUCGAUCCUUAAUGAAUAAACAUAUUAAUAUCUUGGAUUUGUCAUCCAAUGGAAUUGCAGAAAUUAAGGAUGGAUUUUUUGAAAACUUAACUAUCAAUAUCCACCAUCUUCGUCUAUCCUACAACAAAAUCGCAGAGAUCAAUGGGCCAGAGUUCAAGGGCAUUGUCGCAAAGUUUUUGUAUCUAUCCCAUAAUCAUAUUCAUCGGAUAGACCCAUAUGCUUUUGACGGAUAUGUUACCUGUGUCGAAGGUGUGGAUUUAUCUUACAACAAACUGACCUACUUUGAACCUUGGCCUUUCACAAAAAAUAAUCAAAUUUCGACAUUCAACUUUAGUCACAACGACAUCAGCAUCUUCCGGAACGCUCCAAACCUCACCAUUGUGGACAUACUAAGGACAUCAAAACUAGGUCUGAAUAAUCGGGUUGAUCUCACCUUCAAUAACUUCUCGGGGUGGAUCCUAGAAGCCCUGGAAGAUGUCUACCACUUCAAUGCUGAUCCAGAUACAGUCAUCACGAUGAAACUUGGAGCAAUGGGGUUUCUUCUCCAGAACAAUCCUUGGCGAUGCGACUGCAUGCUGUACGAAUUCAGACAUCAGCUGCAUUCAGACACAUUUAUGUUGUCAAAAACAAUACGUGACCAAUUAUCCUUCAAAUGUGUAACCCCGAAGAGACUCAGUGGUCAGAAUGCACUGGACGUGCCAAUUACUGAGUUGGUAUGUCCUGUUCUUGAAGGCUGUCCCACUUCCUGCCAUUGCCAGAGUGUACCAGCGUAUAAAUAUACAAGCGUCGUGUGCUCCACUCUUAUCUCAUUUCCAGACCAGAUGCCCUCGGGGCCAUUAUAUUUAAACUUAAGUUGGAAUUAUAUUUCAAAACUUGAAUUUAGACCAUACCUAUCACGUGUAACAUACCUGGAUUUGUCCAAUAAUAGAUUGUUUGUUAUAGAAGGGGGUGCUGUUCAAGUCAUGGGAAAUAUAGCUAUGCUUAAUCUUGCUUCAAACCAGCUGAUGACGCUUCCGAAAGAGUUACAAGUUGUGCGAUUCAGUAAUGUUCAUUUGGAAGGAAACAUACUCGACUGCUCUUGUGAUUUGACUUGGGUUUCUGAUUGGAUAGACGUCACGAGUGACGAUCCAGCCUAUCAGCGAUCAGUAUGCUACAAGGAUGGGUCGCCUAUCAGACUAUCUGCCAUGAAGGACCGCAUUGACUGUGUCACUGAUAUAGUGGUUCCCGUAACAGUAGGCGUUACCAUCACCGUUGCCGUGGUAAUACUCGCUGCUGUAGCAUGCAGAGUUUGGGGAAAGAAAAAGCUUCCAUUUGUAAUGUAUUUAAUAAGAGGAAGAAAAGUCCAACCUGUUGGCAAGUAUGAAGAUGACGAAGCGGAGAUGGACUACCAUGGUUACUUGUCGUUUGAUAACGACAAUAUGGACAUUGUACUUUGGGUUAAAAAUGUCCUUUUGGAAAAUUUGGAAAAUAAUGAUCAAGGCUUUCGAAUCUGCUGUCCGUUACGGGAUUUUGACGUUGGAGUUUCACAGGCAGAGGAAAUACUGAGUUAUAUUGACAGAAGCAAGCGGUUUAUAUCCAUCGUAUCUGACACAUACUUCAACGCUCUCAACUGGACAUCUUUUGAAUAUGACCAGGCACGACACAAACACAAAGACCACGAAUCCAACAUCAUCAUGAUUAUUUACAACAACAUUGACGUUGAUAAUGUAAGGUCUGAGGCCGCAAAGACAGCGUUGAACAGGAAGGAGUAUUUGAGAAGGGAAGACAAUUUGUUUUGGCAGAAACUUAAGUUUCUGGUCCAUACCGGACAUAAAUUGUUUUAAAGAGGAAGGGAAGAUGAUCAAUAUGUCCUCCAUGCAUAAAGGACAAUGCAACGUCGUCAUCACUUGUCCAUAUAUUUACAAAGUCGUUGACAUCAAUAAUAUCACAACCCGUGAAGAUCCGGGGUAGAAUAGGUCUUCAGCAACCAUGCUUGUCGUAAAAGGCGACUAACGGGAUCGGGUGGUCAGGCUCGCUGACUUGGUUGAUGCAUAUCAUCGAUC